AUGAAAUCAAUCAUCUUAAUUUUCCUACGCUUUGGUGCAGUUUUGAGCAAUCUCAUUCCUGGAAAAAUAAGGUUUGAAUGUGGUGGUACUAUAAUAUCGGAGUAUUAUGUAAUGACAGCUGCACAUUGUUUAAGAGAUGAUCAUCCACCGUAUUACGUUUUAUUGGGAGUACUAUAUCUAAAUGAUACCGAUAAUAAUGAUGUCAAAAAACAUUACAUAAAGAAUUUCACAAAGCAUCCAGAAUAUUCAUCAUUAACAAGAAAGAACGAUAUUGGACUCAUUGGGCUUAGAAAAUGGAUUAAUUUCACUGACACAAUUAGAGCAGCAAGAUUACACAGAGAUAUUGUUGAUUUAGAUACUCUGAAAAAAUUGACUGUGGCCAGUUGGGGUGACACUAAUCCUAAUCCUAACAUCGUGACUUUAUCAAACGAAUUACGUAAAAUCGAAGUUAAUACAAAACCUUUAAACGAAUGCAGCAAUUUCUAUUUGAAUGAUAUUGCAUUAAAGAACGAUCCAGCCGUUAAAGAUGGCCUUGGUCCCGGACAGUAUUGCGUAUACGAUCCGGAUGAAAAUACAGAUGGGCAGAAAUUUAGUAAGGAUUCUUGCCAAGGGGACAGUGGAGGCCCCCUACAAUACAUAUCCAAUGAUGAUACAAAGGAAGCAACAAUAGUUGGAAUCGUUAGUUUUAGUAAUGGCUGUGGUUUGAGAUCGCCCAGCAUUAACACUCGUGUUGCUUAUUAUAUCGAUUGGAUUACACCGAUUGUUUGGCCCAAAGUUGUCAAUGUCUCCAUUACUAACAGUAACACCGGUGGUGCUCAAAUUCCAUCUCAACCAGUUUAUGUAAAGCCGCUCGAAGAAUUGUACACAGUCGUCCAAGGAUCGGAAUUCACUUUGACUUGUGAAGCUUCUGGUUAUCCAUAUCCAACAAUUACAUGGAAGAAGAUUUACGAAGACUCUCUCGGUUCAAAUGUACAACAAAUUGGUAACACACUAAAAAUGUUCAAUGCUCAACUGGAAAAUAUGGGCAUCUAUCAAUGCAUAGCUUCAAAUGGAGAAACCGCUGAAAGCAGCACUGUUAUUGAUAUCGAACCACGUGAAGCACCAACUGUUCAAAUCUAUCGACGUGAGCCACAGACAGUUCGUAUCGGUGAAUCUGCAAUGCUCAGCUGUCGUGCUAUUGCGGGUAUCCCAACACCAAAUGUAAUUUGGUCACGUAGUGAUCGCGCACCACUUUCACAGCGUGUUGAAGAGAAGUAUGCCGGUACAAUUUUAAUUUCUAACAUUACAUUCGAGGAUGCUGGUCAAUAUGAAUGUCGUGCAUCAAAUUCAGUUGGAUCAUCUAGCCAAACGUCCGUAAUUUAUGUCCAACAAGCUCCUAUCAUUCGAAUUUUUCCCGAAAUACAAGAUUGGACGAUAACUGAAGGUGAUGAAUUGAGGUUGGAAUGCUCGGCAGAAGGUUCACCACCGGCCACUGUGCAAUGGAAACGACCAGACCGAAAUGGUGUUGGACAAUUUAUAUCAGGUGUGCCGAGUCCAUUUGCAGCAACACCUCAAAGUUUAAUUCAAAAAUAUAAUGCCAAUCGCAGCGAUGAGGGAACGUAUAUUUGCCAUGCAAGCAACGAGGCUGGCGAAGAUCAAAAAUACAUUACCGUUUUUGUUCAACCAAAACGUGCUGAUGUUGGUAAUUGAAUAUGUUUCUUUCUUGCAGUUAACGAUAAGCAUGUAGUAUCUCGAUCUUGCUUCUGGGAAACUAUUGGUGAAACUUAGAAGGACGAGUGUAUUAAUAAUACUAUCCCAUCGUAUAUAAAGACGGAGUUUUGGGAGACAUGCGACACCGAUGGCUGUAACGGUGCAGAAAUGGACAAAAACCAAGAGCAUACUAAAGAUAAACUAAAUAAUAUUUGGACAUUGUUUCGUAAUUUAUAACAUUUUUUAUAUGUUCUAAUAUGAUCGCCAAAGAAAUCAGAACUACAAACAU